AUGGCGGUAAGUGGUCCUAAAGAAUCUAUCGAAGGCGGGACUGCCUGGUACAAAUGCGACCCUCCAAUGAAUCUGGGUGAAGCUCCAAUCUACAAAGCAUCAGAUUCCACUCUUCAUUGGGUAGAUUGUCUAUGUGAGCCUGCAGAAUUGCAUAUUCUCAAGCUAGACCCAGAAACAGGAGACGCUCAGGGUCGCGCCCGUGUGUUGAAAUUGGAGGACUCAGUGACGGUCGGAUUUUUCCGAAAAAAUCACCCCGGGUCUUAUAUAUGUGCUUACUACCAAGGAGUAGCAUUUCUCGAUGAGGCGACGGGCAAGUUGAGUGUGGUGAAAGAGAUCAUACCCAGUGCACAGCGAGAUCUGCUCCGAUUCAACGAUGGUGGUGUUGACGCCAAAGGUCGAUUCUGGCUGGCCGAGAUCGAUAAGAAAGCAAUGGCUUACGGCCCAAACAAGUUACCAUCAAGUUACGGGGAGCCGAAGGGUCGCUUAUGGAGGUAUGAUCCAGAUGGUAGUUUGCAUGAGAUGGAGAAAGGAAUCGUUUGUGGAAAUGGUUUGGCUUGGAGCCCGGACAACAAAACUAUGUACUUCAAUGAUUCCGUUGCCAUGAUGGUUUUCGCAUAUGACUUUGACCUGGAGUCAGGAGAGAUUUCUAACCGGCGGUUAUUGAUCGAUCGCAGAUCAUCGUUCGGUGAGCCGGAUGGAAUGGUUGUCGACACCGAGGGCAAUCUUUGGAUAGCAGUUUUCGCAUCCUAUCGUAUUAUGGUCUUCGCUCCGAAUGGUGAGCACUUGAAAGAUAUCAUCUUCUCUGCCAACAAUAUGGCAUGUACCACCUGGGGUGGAAAAAAUUUCGAUAUAAUCUUUGCGGCAACAGGGAAAGACAAGAGGCUUGACGCCAAACCGGAAGAUGAAGGCGGACAUAUGUUUCGAUACAAACCAGAGGGAUAUUGGGGAGCGCCCAAGUUCGAGUUUGAUGGUUGA